AUGUGGGUGACCCUCAUCGCUCCGUCCAAGUACCCGGCGAACAGCGAGGACACUGCUUUCUCGAGGACGCUUGAGAGCGUGCGCAAGGACGUUGAGUGCUUCUUCGGUAUCCUGAAGGGACGUUUCAGGAUCCUCAAGCUCCGCCUCGGGUACCGCUCCAAGGAAGACAUCGACAACAUCUUCUCCACCUGCUGCAUCCUGCACAACAUGCUUCACACCUUCGACGGCAUGGACGUGUUCGAGGAAGAUGUCGACUGGGUGGGGAGCGCUGGCCUGCACGACCCCUGGGACCAUGACCCACUGACAGACUUCACGUCUAUCGGAUCGACCGGGAAGCUUUCGGAGAAGGAGGGAGGGGAGGGGGGGGAGGAAAGCAGCGAGACGAUCGACCAGCACCCGGCGCACAGAGAGCUCAAGAAACAACUAAUCGAGAGCUUUCUUACCGGAAGAGACACAACAACAUUACAUGGCUUUCGAGGCCCACGUGAGCCUUCUUCUUUUUGCUACCACGCCGCUGCCUCGGGUAUCUGUUGCAAGCCGUUUGUUUUUUUUUGCUACACGCGGUGUUUAGUAAGACGUUCCCGCCUUGAAGAUGGUGUUGUCGCGUGGGUUGUUUCAUAUUUUCGCUGUGCUGUCUUGCACCUGUCGGNCUUGCGUUUUGUGUUUUUUUCAUAUUAGUGCCGAGUACAUUUGAUCAGCUUCAGUUCCAACCACACUCCUUGGUGCACCACCCCCAUGUGACUGCCGUGGAGGGAGAGGUGGGUGAUAGACUUGGGUCUUGUGGUUGUUCUCAUGCAUGUCACUCAACAUUUCUACACUACGUGUACUGAAGUGGCAUGAGCACAAGCAUACAGGCCAAUGUAUCGGACAUUGCAACGUCAAAACGUACGACACUACCCACAACAAGUACGUGGACGGCUGGCACGAACCAGACCUGCGUAUAUUGUCGACACUGCCGGGGAAACAGCAGAGGACGGGGCCGUUACCCACCUCCGAAAACAUGCACCCCCUCUUACAUGAUUCCGAACCAAUACGCACAUGUUGAAAUCUGCAAACACGCGGUGGCUCAGCCUCAAGCACCCCUGAAAAAGAAACACGAGAACACACAAGCAAAGCAAAGGUCCAUCCCCCCGUCUCUACGCACCGCAAUCAAGUUACCCUCCAGCUGCGUUGGAAGUCACCCCUAAAUCAAUUUGGAGUCUGCACCAUCGAACCGCACACAACCAUAGAUUUGUGGGAAUUACCACCGCCGUGCAUCCCCUUAAAUCCUGACUUCCGAAACUUCAACCGCAUCAUUCAUGUCUCCCCACCCUCCGUCCCGGCCACCUCACCCCCGGCUACCCCUUCUCCGUCGCCUUCGGCCACGCUUGGAGCUGCCACAGACAGGGGGGCGACGACGGGGUGGUCAUACGCGUGGAGGAGCUCUUCUUCCAGCGCCUGAGCCUCUGCAGUGGACCCCUUCCCCAUCUUGCCCCACAGGGCUAGCUUGCUCUCCAUUGCGCGGACCCUCUCGUUCCAACGCGCACGCUCGGCUUGCUCUUGGUCGAGCAGCUCCUUGCUCACGACAGCCCUCGUCAGCGCCUUGACACUUUCGACCAACUCCAACGAACUCUUGGAAUCUUCGGGGGGAGUGGACAGGACCUCCAAGACACGGCGUUUCAGAACAGCGUCGGCUUCUGCACCCUUGAGCUUCUUGUUCUCUGCGUUGACCUCGUGUGCCAACGUCUUCAUUUCCGCUCGGCUGUGCUUACCCCCGGCCCCGUUCAUCAACUUAAGGCCUUUCGUGCUCAAAUAGGUUUACUCUCGUCUUCCGGAGUCGGGGACGCAGAUCCCGACCCGGAUGCACAUCCCGACUCCGCCUCCUUCGUUUUGGUGCCACUGGGCCUCCCACUAGUCAUUUUGAGCUUCAGAUCGACAUCCUCGUUGGUACCAGCGGGCCUCCCGAAAAUUGCGAAGACGAGGGAAGCCGGGUGCAGCCAGUGUUCGGGUUUGGGUCCGUACAGACGCGUUAGGUCAUCUUCGGUUUCUGCGUCCCCCGCCGUUUCCUCAGGCUCCUUCCCCUCCUCCUCGUCAGCUGUCUCCGGCUUGAUGCCAGCUGCAAUCUCCUCCACCACGUCUGCAUCCUCCCCCUUAUUAUUCCUGGCAGCCUCGACCCGUGCCAGGGCUUUUGCUGUGGCGUAUCUCAAUGCCGCUUCCGAGUGGCCGAGAGGUCCCGCCUCUUUACCCC